AUGACCUUGACCAUUGAGUUUGAACCAUAUGUCGGCUCAUCUGUCGAUGCUCUAAGCAUCCCUCUCUAUCUUCGAUGUCAACUCGUUUUCAAGCUUUCUAAACCUCUUACUGUCGUGCCUCUGCUUGAGUCUGGAGUCAAGCGUCUUAUACAGGCGUUACCGUUCCUCUCCGGUGAGUUCACAACCGUGCCCGCAUCGGACGAUGGGAAAGAUGUUCUUCUCGUUCGCCCUGCGCCAAAUUUCGAGCUCGGCUGUAUAUUCAAGAUUGAGCGUCAUGGGACAUCCCUACAAGAUGUAUUCGACCAGAUGGACGAGCCAAGCAGCCAGGGUGGUGACCUUCCGCAUGAGCCAUAUAUGCCUUACCCAAGGUUCCCGGACCCUUCACGCCCUCAACCCAUCGUGGGAUUCCAAGUCAACGUGCACAGGGAUGGCGUAAUUCUCUCCGUGGCUACGCAUCACUGUGCCUUUGACGCAACAGGGAUGGGAUCAAUCGUCCGAAACCUCGCAGCCUGCUGCCGCCACGAGCCUGACUUAACCACGUCUCCAGGUGAGGAGGCAAAAGCAAGAAAAGUUCUCUCGCAAAUUCGCGAGACACCCUUUGAUCCAAAGAUGUUCCCCGAGUACAGACCCCUGGACAGUCUGCUGUCCUAUUAUAAAGGUGCCCGGUCAGCUCUUCAGAGCCGCCAAACCACCAUCGUCAAUCGAUGUUUCACAAUAGCUGCCGAUAAGAUCAAUGCGCUCAAAAAGCGCUGCAAUGGAUUGAUUCCGGAAAUGAAGAAGAAGUAUGGGCUUUCAACGCAGAAUGACACUGAAAGCGCCUGGGUCUCGAGCAACGAUGUGGUUGCUGCUCUUUUAUGGGCUUGCAUCAAUCGAGCCCGAUAUCCCGAAUUACGGGAGCGCAGCCUUCAACAGCUUCCACCAGACCUCCUGAACGCGACAUCCAGCCUGGGUCUGCCAGUGAACAUUCGCUCUCGAAUGUCACCACCAUUACCCAAAUCGUCUUUAGGUAACGCCGUAUGUCUUCUGCGAGAGAAGGUCCCACUACAUCUAUUUGCUUUGCCUGGACAUGACAACGUCGCCAACAUGAAGGCCAGUGCUCACUUUCCCUCUGACUAUUCCGAAGGCGACGAAUGGGCCAUGGCCUUCUGCCGCGUCGCGUACGAACUCAGGGCAAAGCUGAACACAAUUGAUUACGACUACGUCCGCGACUAUAUCUCAUACGUACAAAAGUCUCCGUGUCAUCUUUCAGUGACCCUCGAUACAGAGAACCUCUACCUGAGUAAUUGGCGCGAGAUCGGUGUGUACGAUGCUGACUUUGGAGGCGCGCUGGGCAAGCCGCUCCGGAUGAGAGCUCCAGACGGGUACACCGACGGUCUAAUAUUUGUGAUGGCGCAGCGGAGUGACGAUAAGACUGCACCGUGGGAGUUUAGCAUGUCUCUGGAGUCGUCUACAAUGAAGCGCAUUGUGAAUGAUCCGCUCUGGUGCAAGUAUGUUGAGCUGGAUGGGUUCUGGCAUGGAGCAUCAUGA